AUGGGUUUCCUGCUUUGUAUUUUCUUCACGGCCAUUGUGCUGCUUGUCGUGCCCACAAAUUCCAGUGUGAGGUUGUUUCAUCAUCCAGCAAUCGACAUAUUCGAGCUACCGUCAUUCGACUGUACUACGCAUCAUCAUGAUGACAUUCUCAUUCCACCCGACUUUGUGGGGAUAUCUGUGGAGUGGAAUCGAGCCGAAACCUUUGCGACUACUCCCGCCAUUCACCGCCUGUUGCAGUAUCUCGUCGUGCGUCCAUCAUCAUCUAGGAGGCUGAAUAUCCGCGUGGGUGGCAAUUCGGCCGAUCGCUCGUGGUGGAAUAAUGACGACGACAAAGAACAAAAGAAUCGCUGUCGCUACUAUCCACCGGGAGCACGAUGCGUGGAGACCAAAAUUACGUCCCACUUGAUUGUUCAUCUGGCAGAGAUGGCACGACGCAUUGGUGGUACCACUUUGAUUCUGGACUUGUCCAUGAUUCCACCAGCCAGCAACGACAAUCAUACAAAUAAUACUAAUUGGGCACGACAAGAAUGGGAAGGAAUCUGGACUACACUGGAAGAGCACAAUGCCACUCAUUUACUGGAAGGCAUUGAAAUUGGCAACGAACAAGAUAUCUAUGGCCACCAUGGCAUUCGACCGCAACAAUACACACCCACUGACUUUGCAAAUGAGUUUCAGCAGUAUAUAGAAACAAUCCAACAGACUCUGCCAUUUCCCAACCAAAAGAUGAUUCGAGGAGGAACCUUUUGUUGCAACAAGCAAUUCUUGGAUCAUCAAGUGGACCUCAUGAAACAGUUCCAACAAUACCUAUACAGUUGGUCCUAUCACCACUACCCCGUCUCUACCCGUCACUGCCGUCCCGCCAACGAUACUACCAAUGUCACACUAUGCCUGUUGCAAUUAUUGGACAAUACCGCCAGCAAUGGAGAAGCAGAUCGAGUAUCCUCCUGGGCUGCCGGGGCAUCUUCCAUGAAUAUUUCAUUUCACAUGGGAGAAGUCAACAGUGCCAAUGAUGGUGGUGUGUUGGGUGUGUCGGAUGCCCUGGCAUCGACACUUUGGUGUGUGGACUACUUGUUUGCCAUGGCAGCGACCGGCAACGUGACACGCGUCAACUUUCACGGGGGUGGGCGAGGAGCCUACUCGUGGUUUGCCGUCAAUGUCACGAAACAACACCAAGAAGAACCACCCCAUGUGCGGCCCUUGUUUUAUGGCAUGUAUCUUUGGAACUGGGUCGUUGCGGGGAACGACACCCGUGUGCACCCCCUGUCAUCCUGUCGACAAGAAGAGCCAUGUACACCAGCUCACAAGAGUAGCAGCGGAAUCCACGCCAAGGCGUGGGCAGUACAAGACAAAAACACCACCAAAGUGGUCAUCAUCAACAAACUAUCCAAACCACACCGGAUACAGUUGCUUGCACCUGCUUCUUCGUACCAACAACAAGCCGAAGUGGUAGUGUUGAAAUCAAACAGUGGCGCCGUGACGGCAAAGAAUGGCAUUUCAUUUGCGGGAUGGACAUGGGACGGAACUCAACACGGCGAGCGGUUGGGAAAGUAUCAAUCGACUUGGAUCCACCCCGAAGAAGAAGAAACGACGGGCGCAAAGAAACUGUUUCACGUGGUCGUGGCGCCGUAUACGAUCGCAGUGGUGUCGUUUUUCCAAAAGGACUCAACUCUGCACCAACCACACGACAAUCAGGAAACGCACUGA